AUGUCAGAAAAAUAUUAUAAAAUCCUAGGAAUUAAACCAGGUGCUACUCAGAAAGAAAUAACAAAGGCUUACAAAGAAUUAGCCUUAAAAUACCACCCUGAUAAAAAUCGUGGUAAAGAAAAGUCUGGAUCUUCUAACGGAUUUAGUUCAGAUGAUAAAUUUAAAAAGUUUGAAGAAAUGUUGGAAAAGGUAAGAAGGCAAUUUGAUGAGACAGAAAGGGGAUUUAAUGAAUUUAAAGAGAACCGUAGGCAGGAAGAAGAAAAAGUUCGAAGUGAAGCCGUACGGAGUAUUGAAGAAAAUUUAACCUCAUCCAAUGUAUCUAUUUCUGAGUUGGAUUCUAGUUUAUGGUCUCCUUAUGAAGAAAUAAAGGAGAAAAUUGAAUUUUACAAGGAAAGGUUGCUUAAAACUUCUGAUGAAAAAGAAAAACAAAAAUAUCAAGAAAUGAUUAAUAGUCUGGAAAAAGAGUUGGCGACAUUAAGAAAUCAAUCAGAUAAUCAAGACCAACCACCUCGAAAUCCCGAACCCACUACAGAGCAGGUUAAUGAUGCCAAAAGUAAGUUAAAUGAAGUUAAAGAUAGUGGCAAAAAAGAAGACUUGGUGAAUGCCCUUAACGAAACUAGGAAUACAGCAAAAAAUAGUUCUGACCAGGAUUUAAAAAAAGAAAGGGAAGAGGUCGAGAAAAAAUUAGGCGAGGUUGAUAAAGAAGAGUUAAGGAAAAUGAUUAAGACCGAAGUAGAAGAAGAAUUAAAGAAAUUCGGAAUAAGAUCAGGUGAUUUAAGUCCAGAAAACAAGCAAAGGUUAGACAAAUUGAAUGAGAUAAAUAUCGAACCUGCUGAGUACCAAAACAUAAGGACCGAAAUUUUGAACGAGUCAGCAGUGAAAUCCUUGGAUAAAUUAAUUUCUGAAGUCGAGCGAACCAUAAAACUAGGUGAUAAAAAGAAAAUUAAGAGUAAGGUUGAAGAAUUACGAAGAUUUAUUGAGGAUAGUUCUAAUGAGUAUGCUCAAAAUGCUUAUAGCAAGAAAAAGGAUAUGGUUAAUUCAUUACUAGAAAAAGCCAAAAAUAAGUCUAGUCAGCAAAAUAAAGACGGUAAUUUCUUCCGCCCAAACAAUCCAGCAAUGUGA